GAUCAAGGCCAAGAAGGGGCUGCAGGUGGUGGCCGCCCAUCCCGCCCUUCCCAGCGCCUGGAGCGCCCACCUGGAGCAUUCCCGGGGUCCCAAGCACUCCCUGGCCGUGGUGACGUGCCGGCGGAUCGGGGACACCCCCAGCAGCGGGAGGGUGUCUGACUCGGCCGUGUUCCUGCACCUGGAGCUGGUGGUGGAGAACGGGACGGGGGGCCCGGCACGGCCCCUCACCUGGCAGGUGGAGUAUCCCGGCCAGGAUCCCGAAUCCCAGAAGGACAAACGGGUGUGGGAGAUCCAGGUGGCGGAGCGGGAAAUCCGCGCCCUCGUCCCGCUGGUCCAGGAGCUGGAGAUCCUGAACACGGCCCCGCUGACGGGAAUCCCGCGGGUCAUCCCGGUGAAACUGGUGGCUGUGGAGGCGGGAGGCGGCGUGUCCGAGCUGGCCGAUCCCGUGGGAUGCGAGUCGGCCGACAAGCAGGUGCUGCAGGUGUCGGAUUCCUGCGACGCCGUGUUCGUGGGGGGCCGGGAGAGCCGGGGGGCGCGAGGGGCCCGCGUGGAUUUCUGGGCGCGGCGGCUGCACGCGGAGCUCGCCUUCUCCGUGUGGGCCCCGCUGCUCCCGCUGCGCGUCCAGCUGGGAGACCCCGCCCUGGAGCAGCUCCGCGGAUGGAGGCGGCCCGGGAAUCCCGACAGGUGAGCGCCCUUCCCGGGGGCAGCGCCCGGGACUGUCCCUGUGUCACCGGGAUGGUGGGAAAGGGGCGAGGUGGGAGCGGGGUG